AUGGCCUCUGUGUUGGAUGUUCAAUUCGAGCAUUAUCAUGCCCCGAAUACAAUUGGCUUGCAUGAGAAGGCUCCAAGAAUAUCCUGGAAAAUCGAACGUCCUGUCGGUUCAGCUUUCGAACAAGACGGGUACGAAAUAGAGUUGACAAGAUACCAAGGCAAAUCCCGGCAUACUACCAGUGUCCUACGGGUUGAAUCGCCUUCGUCCAGGCUGACGCAAUGGCCAUUCCCCGACUCGCUUACUUCUCGUGAGAAAAUCUCAUUGAGAGUUAGGGUCUGGGACAAAGAACAGCAAACCACCCCAUGGAGUCUGCCAGCACAUCUGGAAACUGGCCUGCUCGACCGAGAGGACUGGGCAUGCAAACGAAUUGCUGCGCCAUGGGGACCAGACACUGUUGAACCUGGCCCAGAAGAACUCUACCGUCGUCGUUUCACCAUUGAAGGAGAUGUUGACCAGGCUAGGCUUUACAUCACUGCUCAGGGAGUGUAUGAAGCUGAGAUGAAUGGCUCAAGAGUUGGUGACCAUUUCAUGGCACCUGGAUGGACUUCAUAUGAUGGGAGGCUUCAGUAUCAGACUUAUGAUGUGGCCUCUUCCAUAAUCUCUGGAGACAACUGUAUCGGCGUCCGCGUUGCCGAGGGAUGGUUUUCUGGGCGGAUAGGAUUUGAAGGCGGCCAUCGCAAUAUUUGGGGCCCUCACAAUGCGCUGCUUGCCCAGCUUGAAAUAUUGUAUACAGACGGAAGGCGACAGACAAUAAUUUCUGAUGCGUCUUGGGCUGUAUCCAAAGGGCCUAUUCGACUGGCGCAGAUUUACGACGGAGAGACAUACGACGCAACGCAAGAGAUUCCCCUUUGGUCAAAGGGGACGAUGCCUAUGGACUCCCCAGGUUGGUCUCCAGUGUCCGUAAUGUCUGACUUGCCGAGCACAAUUGAGCUCACAGCUGGGUAUGGAGAACCUGUUCGUCGCGUUGAAGUGGUCAAGGCUUUGCGGCAUUGGACAAGUCCCUCGGGCAAGACGAUCAUCGACUUUGGGCAAAAUCUUGUCGGAUAUGUUCGGUUAAAAAACAUCCGAGGACGCAGAGGCCAAAAGAUCACACUUCGCCAUGCGGAAGUGCUGGAACAGGGAGAACUGUCCACCCGACCGCUGCGAAUUUGCAAGGCACUCGACGAGUACAUCAUAGGAAGCGACACCGAAUUGGAGAGUUAUGAGCCACGGUUUACAUUCCACGGGUUUCGGUACGCUCAGAUCGACGAUUGGCCCGGGGACUUCGAGCUAGAAAACGUUGAAGCUGUGGUUUGCCACACGGAUAUGAAGCUAGUUGGCCAGUUUGAGUGCUCCGAUAGCCUGUUGAACAAGCUUUAUCAAAAUAUUGUCUGGGGCAUGAGGGGCAACUUCCUAUCAGUGCCCACAGAUUGUCCUCAGCGCGAUGAAAGGCUGGGAUGGAGCGGGGACCUUGCCUUAUUUGCCCCAACGGCAGGGUUGAUAUACGACUGCUUCGGAAUGCUCAGGAACUGGCUCAUCGAUGUCGAGUUUGACCAGCAUGUGCUUGGGGGCGUUCCCCCUAUGGUCAGCCCCAACGCCACCUUGCCCGAUCCAAUAUGGUGCAGGAGAGUACCUUGUGCAAUCUGGCAUGAUGUUACUAUCCUGGCACCAUGGGCGCUCUAUCAAGAGACAGGUGAUAAAACUAUUCUUUCUCAACAAUACAAUAGUAUGAUAACUUGGAUGAAUGUCUUGCCUAAAGGGCAAGACCAGAUGAAGCAUCUAUGGGAUCCAUCUGUCUUCCAGCUUGGCGACUGGCUCGACCCUGCAGCCCCCGCAGAUGAACCAUGGAAGUCCACGACCAAUGCCAAGAUGGUUGCCAACAUGUUCUUGAUUCAGAGUCUUGACCUGAUGGCAAAGAUAUCUGGGAUUUUAGAGAAUUGGCCAGACGAGCAGCGUUUCAAGGCAGAAGCUGCAGCCGCACGGAGCGAGUUUCAAGACGAAUAUGUCACCAAGAACGGUUUAGUUGCUUCCGACUCUCAGGCAGCCUACGCACUUGCAAUAUGCUUUGAUCUUCUCGAGCCUGCCCAGAAGAAACGAGCAGCCACUAGGCUGGUCGAGCUUGUCCGGAAAAACAAUUUCAAGAUCGCGACUGGCUUCGCUGGCACGCCCUAUAUUUGUGAGGCGCUUGCUUCUACGGGACAUCUACAGAUCGCGUAUUCCAUGCUGUUGGAGAAAGAAUGCCCUUCCUGGCUCUAUCCUGUCACCAUGGGCGCAACUACUGUGUGGGAAAGGUGGGAUAGCAUGCUUCCUGAUGGGUCGAUCAACCCGGGGGAGAUGACUUCGUUCAAUCACUAUGCCUUUGGGGCCAUUGCCAAGUUCCUUUAUGAAAGAGUCGCUGGCCUACAGCGAAUUGAGCCGGGAUGGAAGACAUCUCGGAUUGCACCUUCUAUUGGGGCGAGAUUCUCAAACGCCUCUGCGUCUCAUCUCACACCAAACGGGCGGCUGAGUGUCUCUUGGGAAACAUCACCAAUUGAAGGGAACACUACGACAAUCAGCAUCGAUGUAGAAGUGCCACCGAACACUACUGCCGAAGUAAUUAUUCCAUCCAAGGAAGGGGACAGGAGGGAAGAGGUCGGUGCUGGAUUAUGGUCAUUCACUUCGACGUUUGAGAGAGACUAUGAGUGGCCUGUUUUGCCUUUGAAACCAAAGUCUUGA